AUGGACAAUGAUGAACUUCUUGAGCCUGAGACAAAAGAUGACAGUGACACUGUAUCAGCCCCGCAGAGCAGUGACGAAACACUCUACUGUGAGGCUGAAGACUCUGCAGCUGUCGAGAAAGAGAAACCAGCUCGGGAGAGCUCAGAAACAGACCUUGAGAUCGAAGAUACUAAUAAACUUUUCACCACCGGACAAAGGGAGCUGUACCUAGAGGCCUGCAAACUGGUGGGCGUUGUGCCCGUCUCCUACUUCCUCCGGAACAUGGAGGAGUCCUACGUGAACCUCAGUCACCACGGGCUGGGCCCCAACGGCACGAAGGCUAUUGCUAUAGCCUUGGUGUCCAACACGACUGUUCUCACGCUGGAGCUGGCAGACAAUUCUAUCAUGGAGGAGGGCAUCCUGAGCCUGGUGGAGAUGCUACAAGAGAACUACUACCUCCAGGAGAUGAAUAUUUCUGACAAUAAUCUUGGUUUGGAGGGGGCCAGAAUCCUCUCAGAGUUUCUCCAGAAUGACACCUCUUCCAUCUUUAGUCUUCAGCUCUCAGGAAACAACUUCAAGGAAGAAUCCGCAGAGCUGUUCUGCCAAGCCCUGUCGGCUAAUUACAGAAUUAAGACGCUGGAUCUCAGUCACAACCAAUUCUCUGACAAGACAGGAGAGUACCUGGGACAGAUGCUGGCCUUCAACAUAGGGCUCCAGUCACUGGAUCUGAGCUGGAAUCACCUCCACAGCCGGGGAGCGGUGGCCUUGUGCAGUGGCCUCCGGGUUAACACGGCCCUGAAGAAACUGAAUCUCUCUAUGAACAGCUUUGGGAACGAGGGGGCUUCGGCCCUAGGGGAGGUCCUCAGACUCAACAACUGCCUGGCCCACCUGGACGUCAGCAGCAACAACAUCAGCAACGAAGGGCUCUCCAAGAUCAGCAGAGGGCUGGAGGCGAAUGAGAGCCUCAGAGUUCUGAGGCUUUUCCUGAACCCUAUAAGUAUGGAUGGGGCUGUUUUACUGAUCCUGUCCAUCAAGAGGAACCCCAAAUCCAAGAUGGAAGACAUUGACAUUUCCAACGUGCUGGUGUCUGAGCAGUUCGUGAAAAUAUUGGAUGGAGUGUGCGCCAUCCACCCCCAGCUGGACGUGACAUACAAGGCAGUGCAAGGCCUCUCCACCAAGAAAACCCUCUUCACUUGGACGAGUCCCUUGAAACUGAUCCAGAGCUACGCAGACCAACACAAAAUCUCCAUCCUGGACUUCUUCAGGAGUCUGAACCCUAGUGGAGAGACGAUGAUGUCUGUGGGCGCCUUCCGGAAAGCUAUGAUACAGCAAAACAAGGUCCCCAUAAACCGGUACCAAGUCAGGGAGCUGAUAAAGACGCUGGGUGAGAAGACAGGCAUGGUGGACUUCAGGUCAGUCCCCACCCUGCGGCCUGUCCCCAUCUGGGCUACCCCUCUGCCCCAGACAGACAAGAAGACAGAGGAUGGCAAGUCCCAAGUCCGAAGUGUGAGCCAACAUGGUGCCCUGGGGAACCACAGGCCAUUCAGCUCUGCGGGAGCUUAUGUGGUCAGGCAGGUUGUGACUUAG